CAUGAUGGGUCUUGUAGGCCUAGGUGAAUACAGGAGGCAUAGGACGUGAUAUUUGACAGAAGGUUUGUCACCUGGUCAUAUACGCUCUUCGCUGUUUUAUUUCGUGGACAUGGAGCUGUAGGACAUGACCAAGCGAUGACACGGGAUGGCCAAAACGCGGGUAAACAUCUUCUAUUUUCCUACAGCCGUUUCGUCCGGUAUUUUCACGCUGUUUCGUGAGAUAAAUCAUGUUUGUUGAAGAAAUGUCGUCAAGGAAGUAGCAGUUUGGUAUUGUGAGCGGGAUAUGUGAGCAGUGUGAUUCCUGGUUUGUUUCAGUUCAGGAUUACAAAUAUCUGGUUUUUAAUUUUGCAAAGGAUUUUCAAAGAAAGUUACAUUUUGGAGUAGGCUGAAGUGAGCAUAAUUGUCUUACUUAUAGCUGGGCGACAGGAAGUGUGUAUGUGAUACUUCCUAUUAGUGUUGUAUUAGUCCACUACUUAUUAAGAAACUCAUAAUCAACAUUUCUUUGGACCUAACGAAGAGCUUUUAUCGGAUUACUGAAAGUAACACGCACCCUCAUUGUCAAUUUCAAUCAGAAGGAUAAAUGUGUUCACAUCAUGAUGCAACAUGUUUACCUAGUGAGAGCUAACAGGAACCGUUAGUAUAAGCCAGGUGUCGAAGCAAGCACAGAGAGAAGAUAUUUGGAGGAACAUGGGGGAGGAAAUUCUCGAAUUUCUGCUGGUCCUUGUGACGUCUGUCUUCCUAUGUGAAGCCAUACCGGACCUCACCACGUCGGGCAAUGUUGACUUCUACAGGGAGGGUCAAAAUAUCACAGCUAAGUGGAAACCACUUGACAAAGUCUACCGAGGGAUAAAAGUCAAAUAUUGUGCCACGACCGAUUCGCCAUGUUUGAUGCAUGACGUCAGAGAUGUCAAGGCCACCGAGGUGACCUUCAGUGUGUUACAGUACUCAAAGUAUGAGUGUGCUUUACUUGUCCUCGACGCUGGUUCACUUACAUACACUUCUCCGAGAAUGCCUGCAAGUUUCCGACCAGAUUUUUCUGACAUCACCUUCGUCCAGAAAGACGAAUUCAUCACGGGGACUUGGCAACCAUUUGGAUCUUCUUCCUACACUACACUCAAAGUCCGCUGGUGCGUGGCAAAUGAUGCGCAAGACUUGUCAUGUGACCUCUACGCGGUGGGAAACGUGUCCGCCUCCACGGCAACGGUGAAGGUCAGCAAGGAUAAGAGGUACAUGUGUUCCGUGUUGGUGAUUGAUAUCAGUGGGGAGUCACAUUCAUCAACACCUAUACUGGCUGAGGUGAGGAAUACCAGUGCGAAUAUCAUCAUUAUAAUAGUGGUCGUUGUGGUCGUCGUUGCACUCAUUGUUGUCGCGGUUGUUCUUUAUCUUGUCUUGAAGAACUAUUGCCUGGUGAGAGAUGCAUAUGUCGUCAUGCCGGACACUGAGAAAGAAGCCAAGAAAUCCAUGAAAAGAAUCCGAAAGCAAUCAAUUGAUUACGUGAUAUCUGAAGACGAAGCGAAAGCUUCCAGAUAUCGUGCUAAGGACGGCCAUGGCCAAGAUAAUCAUGCCUUCAUUAAAAACGAAAAAGAUAAGAAAAAUGGUGAUGCAAAAGGCCCGAAGGUGAAGAAGGAUAAGACGAACUAUACAGAAGCAACCAUAGAGUACUCAUCAAAUGAAGCCUCCGUUGAAAUUGCCCUCAAACAGUCCGACACGAUUUCGCUGUCAAGUAAAUCGUCCCAAGGUGAUUGGCCCGAUUACAGUGGAGGGAGACUGGAGAUGGAGGUGGAGGACAGUAUGCCGGAUGUUGUGACCCUCCCUGAACUCAAACGAAAAAUAUCUACUGAUCUUGACGCGGAGAGUGACGUCAUCGAUAACGCAGACGUCGUCUUGGAAGUCAGGGUUGAAGCCCCCGUAGAUAUCAUCCCGUUGGAAGCUGAGGACCGGCCAUAUGUAAAGAUGGACCAUGGAACGAGCUGGUCAGGCGAUGGUAUCAUGAAUAAUGUGGACAUUGAAAUUUCCCCUCCAGCAGAAGAUUCGGGAAGUUCGCUCAGCUCUACACGUCAUUCUGAUGCGGAUGUGGAGUUCGACGGCGAGCUAGCUUCGCGGGGGUCGAUUGACAUGGCCGACACUCGCUUCAACGACGCCCGUUACGACGGUAGCUUUGACCUUCGAUUCGCGGGAGUUUCCAAGCGCGAGUCCGCUGAUUCUAAUGACGCUGACCCUGACUUUGACACUAAACCCGAUUAUGAACUUCUGGAGUCCGAUGAUGAUUCGAAUGUCAUGGAAGCAGGCUGGCCGAGAGGUUUCAAGACACAGAACUCACUUGAAUCCGUUGAGGAAUUAAACUUGGACUUGGCGUAUGGUGCCAAUGUACACGAACCAGCUGUGGAUAUCGCAUUACCCCCUAUUGGCGAAGAAGGAACAUUAGAUAUCAAUCGGCCGAGGGAGAAAUUAGAAGCUACUGAUGCUGUCGAUGUCGGCCCGUUUGACCUGGCGGCAGAGAGUGACGACAUAUCUGACGUCAUUCCUGAUCACGCGGGUGCCGUAAUUGAUGCUGAUCGAGAUGGUGGACUAAUACAUGUGCAGGAGGGGAACUUUAGCGCGGAUGUCGAUACUCCUGGUGGUGAUGUGUCGUUUGGCAUAACAGAGGAAAACAUUGGCAGGGAAAGCAAACAAAACAGUUCUAGCGAAAAAGGUGACUCGAGACGAAACGAACCAUUGAAGCGCAUAUCGCGGAAGUGCUCCAAAUUGGAAAACGUGGAUCACGUGUGUAGUCACAUGCCAAAGGAACGAACGCACUCGCGUUCAGAAAGCACGAGCUCGCUCUGUUCCACGUGUACCAGGUCAAUAGAAUCCUCGUCCCCGACUUUCUCAAGGUCGUACAGCAGUUCCGGUUCCGAUACUGAAAAAGAUGUUAAGGACAUUGAGGACGAGGAUGAUGACGUGCUUGGAAUCGGUGGUAGCCAAGUGAGGGAUUUGGUUGUGUGUUGUGGUGAUGUAGAUGUAGGUCUUGGCUUAGAUGGAGACGCCAGUGAUAAUUUCAAGAUGGGUAUUGGUGCCGACUUCGACGUAGACACGGUAUUAGGUGAAAACGCUGACAUUAAGGGUGACGCGGAGCAAGGAAUUGGAGGUGACGCGCAGUUAGGGGUAAACACUGAAGGUGACGCCGUGUUGUCCGCACCGGCUGGUUUCGCAGACGAGAUAAACAUUGGCGCCGAUGACCCGGAUGAGGAAAUCGACUUGGACAGCGGUCGACUGAAAUCGACGGGGCUGAAUUUGAGUGUGGAUCUUGGGCUGGGUGGAAGUUUGAUUUGAGGAUUGAUGUCUUCUGAUGCCCAAGCUAUUUAAUAGGCAAGUUUCCCAGCAGUGAAGAACGAAGCACCGAGGUAUGUGGUUGUCCUCUAAGCUCUGAUCUUCCUUCGUAAGGGUUGGGAAACCUUCCUAGUAUUAGGUAACCUGUUUCAUCGCAUAGGUUUCCGCUGUCUUCUUGUACUUGGCCAACUUGAACAAGCGUAUUUUCUGUGGGACGCUGAGGCUUAAGUUGAAGCGAAGGCUGGUUUUUUUGUGACUCUGCGAUGAGAAUCCUGUAACCAGGGAUGAACUCCAUACUGCUUAUGAUAUAAACAUGGCCAAGGUUUGAUAAUCUGACCAAAAACAUAAACCACAUUAAGUGCUGCCUCACACAGACCAGACCUGUUCUUUUGAUACAUCGUCCUUCAGUCCACUCAUGGGAAUAGCUCGGGCCGAAUGACCAGCUGUUCAACACCCGCUCACCGUGAUUGUGAUUGGGGCUGAUCGCAGACAGAGUGAGGUAUUGAUCCGCGACAUUGACUAUGCUUUCGGGAAUCAAUAACACAAUAGACCGUCUUAGCAGAUUUGGAAUAGACGGAUUAUUGUAGAAUCGAUUGUCCUUGAUUCGCAUCCACCUGUAAACGUCUUUUGGCGACCAUUCUGAAUGAAAAUAACCACCGCAGCAUAGGCAGGAUCUAAUGUAUACAUGUAUUAACCUACACUGGGUUUGUUUUAGGUUCUAAGGCCACGAUCAUAUAUUAAGUUUACGUUUUCAUAUGUAACGUGUCACUGUUUAAUUUUCAUGCGCUACAUGAAGAACGAACAAGUCGCUACCCAAGAGUGGGCUACAUACGAUUCACGAUGUCACCUCUCAUCCUCUCGUCGUGUUAUCAAGCCCAAGCAAGUUUAAAAGCUGUGACAAGUGAAUCAUGACAAGUGACAGCGUGAAUCAUAUUUAACCUUUGCCUUAGACAAGUGCUUUGUAACGACACCAUUUCUCACACCCGUCAAAAUUCUAUUCUUAUUUUCAUUUCGACCUUCCGACCCAACAUGACUCAUCCCUGUGAACCGAGAAAUAUAAAAUGCCCGGCAUGACCUUUAUAACAGCAGCAGGUCUACACCCCUGAGUGCAAUCACAGCUGACCAAGUUUGGUAUUGACCCGCGAUUAUUGACCGCAACCUCUUGGCUACAUCAGUGGCGAAGAAGGUAGUGAUUAAUGAGGUAUGGGGCAUCAGAGGUCUAAGCCACCAGAAACCAAAUGGUCUUCAUCAUACAGAGAUUGAUAAACUGGUUGCAAUGCUCUGCUCGCUGUCAGAAUGACCAAUCAUUUAUAUACCAAAGAUAUCGUGUUAAGGUAAUUGAUACCAAACUGGAGGUAUUGGUUGGCUCAUUAACAGCGCGAGAGUGGAGCUAAGAUGUAGAACAAAGCCGCGGCCGAGGUUUUGGUCAAAUCGAGAGCUCCACCGGGUUGUCAUGCGUCGCAGUAUGAAAUCGGCUUGAUGUGCCAAGAAACAUAUCUCCACUAUGUGUAGUGGUGGCAUCAUUCCUACUAGUCCAGGCUAGGGGGAAAUUCCCUUUAGCUCAGUCGGUAGAGUGAUGGCCUUAUAAGCGAGAGGUCCCGGGUUCAAUCCCCGGUUGGACCUUGAUGUUUUUCCUCUGUUACAUAUGCAACAACAUAACCAUUUCACGCGUACUAAGUAAGGUAGGAUGGGGUAUUUGUAGCCCCUGCAUUGUUUUAUGCAUGGGGUAUCAAUCAAUAUCAUAGGCAGGGGCUACAGUUAAACCGGGGCUACAAAUACCCCAUUCUACCCUAUAGUUAUUAUUAUUGGAAUGACAAUUUGUUUUUAGUUGACGUAACCAGUUGUGUCAUAGAUUAUUUUUGCAUACACUUGAAGAUGUAUAUAAAAGUAACUGUAAAAGAUGUAUUAAAAUAUAUUUAUUCCGAUGGUAUUGAUGAUAAUAUUAUGA